CCACCCAUAGCAGGACAUCGAUAAAUAUUAUUUCAAAAUUCACGCAUACGUGUGGGGUUUGGAAAUCAUAAUUGCCAACAAAAGAAACGGAAAAUUUCGUCAAAAGCUUUCUUUAGUUCUGGCUCUGCGAGUCAUCCAUUCCUUUCACCAUUUGCAUGAAAAGAAACCCGCAAUAGAUCGGUGUAUAUAAUUGACAGAUCUUUUAGACAACGUGAACAGAUCUGCAGCAGCGAUCAUUCCAAUACUUUUAACAGAUCUUGAAGAUGUCUUACGCCUAUCUUUUCAAGUACAUUAUAAUUGGUGAUACAGGGGUGGGUAAAUCAUGUCUUCUACUCCAGUUUACUGAUAAGCGAUUCCAGCCAGUUCAUGACCUGACAAUUGGUGUGGAGUUUGGUGCUCGUAUGAUUACCAUUGAUAACAGGCCAAUAAAACUUCAGAUCUGGGACACGGCUGGACAAGAGUCUUUUCGGUCUAUAACAAGAUCUUAUUAUAGAGGAGCUGCUGGAGCAUUACUAGUUUAUGAUAUUACCAGGAGAGAAACUUUUAAUCAUCUUGCAAGCUGGCUUGAGGACGCACGCCAACAUGCAAAUGCAAACAUGACUAUAAUGCUUAUAGGGAACAAGUGUGACCUUGCUCACAGGAGAGCUGUGAGCACUGAAGAAGGUGAAAAGUUUGCAAAAGAAAAUGGUUUGAUAUUUAUGGAGGCAUCAGCAAAAACUGCUCAAAAUGUAGAGGAGGCAUUUAUAAGCACUGCAUCACAAAUUUAUCAUAAAAUUCAGGAAGGUGUCUUUGAUGUGUCAAAUGAGUCAUGUGGUAUCAAAGUUGGAUAUGGAGGUGUUUCUGGUGCCGGCGCUGGCACAGGAAGUGUUAAUGCUGCCCAAGGAGGAAGUUGUUGUAGUUGACUUGGAUAUUUGUGUUUGAAUCAUUCCAGAUAUUGGUUGAAUCACUUUAUUUGAUCGCAGAGUUUGCAUCUGCUGGUUUUGCUUUAUAACAUUCAUGUCCCAACUGUACAGUGCAGCAUCUGCAGUUAGAAUAUUCUGUCAUUGGCAAAGUCUGUAUGCUCCCAUCAUUUGAUUGCUUCAAGCCUUCAACUGCAAAGCUAUUCCUACAGCUGUUUAAUUGGUUCUUUUAUGUGCUGUUAUUGUUUAUGUACAAAGUUGAAACUUUUCUGGACAAAGCAGCAUAUUUCAUCUUAAUCAUAUAUUCUAUUUACUUGUA